AUGUUUAUGCUUUCCAACCACUACAUCGUCAAGCAUUUUAACAAAACUUUGGCCCUCUCAUCUCUAGUCAUUGCCAUUUCGACACUGAAUUAUGGCUUCGACAACAAUGGUUACACAACAACUCAGGCGAUGGAACCGUUCAUUCGUCAUUUUGGUUCUUUUGAUACGAGAACCGGCAAAUAUGAACUACCAACCGCAUGGCUUUCAAUGUUCAACAGCUUGAAUUACAUUGGUUUCGCAUUUGGUCCGUUCUGGCUUUUUGGACUCGUGAACAUGAUUGCUGACGGCAACCUAGGCGUGGUGCUUGGUAGUCUAAUCAGUGAACGCUGGGGUCGACGAUGGUGCAUGUUCUCCAUGAGUGGUCAUGCUGUCGUCUGCGCCGUAAUAGCAGUGACAUCAACUACCAGAGAGCAAAUCAUGGCCGCUCGGGUCCUAAAUUUCCCCAUGAUCGUUAUGUCGACCGUGUGGUUAAUUCCGGAGUCUCCUCGUUGGCUGUUGACGAAAGGCGAAGUCGGAAAGGCUCACGGUGCGUUGCUUCGUUUACGCUCCGGAACCUUGAGCCCUGAAGAGAUCGAAUCUGAAUUCGCCGACCUCCAACUUGCCCUUCAAAUGGAAAAAGAGCAGGGACGAUACAUUGAGAUAUUCCAGGGUAUCAACAGGAAGCGGACUGCUAUUAUUGUGGCACUUAACUUCCUGCAGCAGGCAACGGGCCAAGCGUUUGCAGGCUCCUAUGGCGCUAUCUUUGUGCGGAGCAUUGGAACCGUCAACCCUUUUAACAUGACCAUCAUUAAUGCAUCAGUCAACCUGCUGAUGUGUGGCGUCUCACUGUUUCUCAACGACCGGGUUGGCAGACGGCCAUUGCUCAUGGCUGGCGCAGCCUGGCAGGCAGCUGCCAUCAUAACCAUGGGUGGCUUAGGUACUAUCAGCAAUCCGUCAGUCGCUGUCAAGAAGGCCACAGUCGCGAUGCUGCCGCUCUUUGGCGGUGGCUUUUGCCUGGGAUGGGCACCUCUAGUAUAUGUUGUGACGACUGAAGUGACGUCGCUCCAUCUCCGGGACGCAUCCCAGCGCACUGCUGCCAUUGUCAACGUUGUCACUGCGUUUGCCGUCAACUUCUCCAUUCCUUACCUCCUCUUUGACCCUGCGAAUCUCGGCAGUCGCUUGGGAUUCAUCUUCGGCGCGGUUGCAGUCGUGUCUGUAUGCUUCACGUGGCUGUUUGUCCCCGAGUGCAAGGGCAAGUCCUUGGAGCAGAUUGACCUUAUGUUCAACCAAGGCGUUCCCCUCCGUCGUUUUGGGUCUUACAAACCAGCGGAUGUCGAAUUCGUCGAGGUGGAAGCAAAGCACGACGAUUAG